AUGGAUGACCUAUCAUUGAUGCCUGACCUUUCUCAUCUAUCCGCCGAAGAACGCGAAAUAAUCGAACAAGUAUUGAAACGGCAAAAGGAUGAGGAAGCAAAGGAGGUACAAUUAACGCUAAAGGCUGAUGCGGAGUUGGACCAGAUUGAAAAGCAAAUAAAUGAAAGGAAAGAAAUUGCUCGACGCCUUGUGGGCACUCAUGACGACGCGAUUUGCCAAAUUUGUCAAAAGACGAAGUUUGCCGAUGGUAUAGGUCACAAAUGCUUUUACUGCCAACUGCGGAGCUGCGCUCGUUGCGGAGGUCGCUCGCAGAGCAAAAGCAAGGCUAUUUGGGCGUGCUCGUUAUGUCAGAAACGUCAACAAAUCCUUGCAAAGACUGGAAAAUGGUUUCAACCUGAUGAAGGACAGCACAAAUUAAGCUAUACUGGUCAAGAGAGUCCCUCUCAAAGCAUAAGGUUUUCUGACCAUAUACUUUAUUUGGACCUGACAGGCGCGGGCUCUGUGAUGCACGAGCUACCAACGUUUUUCCUAAUUAUCCGAUUAUUUUAUUUACUUUCUUCAGCUGGAGCAGCCGUUAUUCGACAUCCAACUGAUGAAAGCCGCUCAUAUUCUCGUGUUUUCUCGGCUCCAGUUAUUCCAGGAGACAUGCUAGCUGCGAAAAUUCGCACUUAUCUCUCGCAUCCCGUCACGUGGCAGCCGUCGGCGGACCAGCGUAGGCUCAUCGGACACAUGGUACUGCAUAAAACUGACAACUCAGUUUCUGGAGAUCUCGGUCUUAAGGUUGUUGGAGGACGACGUAGUGAUAAUGGUCGCUUAGGAGCAUUCAUUACUCGAGUGAAACCGGGCAGUGUAGCAGAUACUAUCGGAAGAUUAAAAGCUGGUCAGAAUUUUACCUUUUAUUUUAUUUUAUUGCAUUGUAUAGAUUUUUUAACAACUUUGUUAGCAUACUAUUUCCAGACCGUAGGCUUUUCUACAACCCUAUCCUUAGUUUAA